GGGGGGCAGUGGGACUGCAAGUCCCAUGAUUCGGUGGGGCGCGGGCAGGAAGGGAAGGGGGGGGGCCAGGAUUGUCCUGGUAAAUAGAGCCGGGGGAAGCAUGAAGCUGUACUGCCUGUCAGGACACCCAACCUUACCAUGCAAUGUACUCAAGUUCAAAUCCACCACCAUCAUGUUGGAUUGUGGACUGGAUAUGACGUCUACCCUCAAUUUUCUCCCAUUGCCGUUGGUUCAAAGCCCCAGGCUGUCCAAACUUCCUGGUUGGGUUUUGAAAGAUGGAAGCACAUUUCUGGACAAGGAACUAAAGGAGUGCUCUGGCCAUGUGUUUGUAGACUCCGUGCCAGAGUUCUGUUUACCAGAGACUGAGCUGCUUGACCUCUCCACGGUAGAUGUAAUCUUGAUCUCAAACUAUCACUGCAUGAUGGCAUUGCCCUAUAUCACAGAAUACACAGGAUUCACUGGAACAGUUUAUGCCACUGAGCCCACUGUUCAAAUUGGCAGACUUCUCAUGGAAGAACUGGUGAAUUCCAUUGAACGCGUGCCAAAAGCUCAGUCUGCCUCCAUGUGGAAGAACAAGGAGGUACAAAGAUUGCUGCCUGUCCCUCUGAAGGAUGCAGUGGAGGUGUCUAUGUGGAGGAAGUGCUACACCAUGCCAGAAGUGAAUGCUGCACUCAGCAAGAUCCAGCUCGUGGGGUAUUCUCAGAAGAUUGAGCUGUUUGGUGCUGUACAAGUCACCCCUCUCAGCUCAGGCUAUGCUCUUGGAAGUUCCAAUUGGAUUAUCCAGUCGCACUAUGAAAAGGUUUCCUAUGUUUCAGGAUCUUCUCUACUUACAACACACCCUCAGCCCAUGGACCAGGCUUCUCUUAAAAACAGUGAUGUUCUCAUCCUGACGGGUCUUACGCAAAUCCCGACUGCCAACCCAGAUGGCAUGGUAGGAGAAUUCUGCAGCAACUUGGCUAUGACUGUCCGGAAUGGAGGAAAUGUACUUGUUCCCUGUUAUCCCUCUGGAGUAAUAUAUGAUCUGCUGGAGUGCCUAUAUCAGUAUAUUGACUCUGCUGGACUCUCCAAUGUCCCUUUUUAUUUCAUCUCACCUGUUGCCAACAGCUCCCUUGAGUUCUCCCAAAUCUUUGCUGAAUGGUUGUGUCAUAACAAACAAACAAAGGUGUAUCUUCCAGAACCUCCCUUUCCCCAUGCUGAGCUUAUUCAGACAAACAAAUUGAAACAUUAUCCCAGCAUCCAUGGAGACUUCAGCAAUGACUUCAAGCAGCCUUGUGUUGUUUUCACUGGACAUCCCUCUCUUAGAUUUGGCGAUGUGGUUCAUUUCAUGGAGUUAUGGGGGAAAUCUAGCUUGAACACUGUUAUAUUCACAGAACCUGAUUUCUCUUACCUGGAUGCCCUGGCUCCUUACCAACCUUUGGCGAUGAAAUGUGUUUACUGUCCCAUUGACACAAGACUGAAUUUUAUUCAGGUGUCUAAAUUACUCAAAGAAGUUCAGCCUCUCCAUGUCGUUUGCCCGGAGCAGUACACUCAGCCACCACCCACCCAGUCUCAUCGCACAGAUCUGAUGAUAGACUGUCAGCCUCCACCAAUGUCCUACCGCAGAGCAGAGGUGCUGACCCUUCCAUACAAGCGGCGCUAUGAGAAGAUUGAAAUCAUGCCAGAAGAUCUGAUACUUGCAGACUUUCUGCACUCAGACUCUGCCUGAUUUAGCAGAUGGUAUAAAGCCAAAGCUGAAUCUGUUUGAGAGUUCUGCCCACACCAUAACCUCUUGUGCAUUUCCGUGUGUGGUUUCAAGUGACAACAUAGCUUCUGAUGCUUAAAUAGCGAAGGGAUAAGAAGAGGCAGGGAGGUAGGAGGUGAGGUAAAUUGCCUUCCUUUCCUAACAUUGCUAUCCAAAUAUAGUGACAGGAUGAAGAGCAUGUAUUUUCUUCUGUUUAUAAGACUGACUAUGCAGGUCAACCCUGCUUGUGAAAGGGCUGUUUCACAGCUUUUAUGUGGAAUAUUUGGUCACUCUUUUCCUAUUAAAGGUAAACUGGGAAGAUGCUUUUCUGCAUUCAGAAACUGGAUUUGAUGUGUGUGAGGAGCAAGGUGAGUGGAGAGAUGGAGGAUGAGGCAGGUUGUUCUCUGUUCAGAUUUUGCUGAGGACUACUUACUGUAAAAUCCUCUGUGAAACUGUUCCCUGGGCCCUGGUGGACUCCUGCUGAAGGCAGGCAGAUCUCAAAGUCUUUGGGCUUUUUCUCUAAUAAAUGGGAGAGAAUAUUUUUCUGUUGCAUACAAAUUGCAUCUAUUUUUAAGGGCUAGGAUCUGGCUGAGAGUCUCUCCAUACCUGGCAAGCUACAAGGCUGUAAACAAUGAUUUCACCUGGAAAUGGAAGUGCCCUCAUGGGUUACCUAUCCAGAACCCAGGUGCAGUUAGUAAUAGUGUUUAUAAUGUGCCUCAAAAACUGUUAGGCACCAGCUUCAAAUUACGAAGACUUUUGCCCCUGCUGUUCCCAUUAGAACGCUGUUCAAACCCCCACUGUCUCUGAUGGCUAGAAACAUCCUAAUUUCCCACUUACACUUAUUCAUGGCUGUUCUGCACAUACUUAUCUUAACAUCAUGUUUUAUCAUAAAUAGAUUUUCCCUUUUGUUGGUAUUUUCCCUGUGGUGUUUACAUAAUCAAAUUCUCCUUUUUGCUCUCUUUUUACCAGGCUAAACAAGCAAAGAUAUUUAGUUUCCCCUUACAAGACAGCUUUUCCUGCCCUAAUCUACCCUUCAGAAUAUCUUACUUGAACUUAAAUUACCCACAAUUUACCGUAGUUCAGAUGAGAUCUUCCUGGGCCCCAUAUAAUAGCAGUAGCUCAUCUCUGCUAGAAUUACCUGGUAUUUUCUGGAGCUGCAUUUAGCUUUUUCAUGGCUGUGUCACAUUUGUGACUCUCAGUACUCAUGGGAUGACCUAAUACCCCUGGACUCUUCACCUCUGUCAUUUCCAGGAGCUGCCAGUUCACAGCAGAAAUUCUCAGUAUUAACCCAGUCCCUGGCCUUGUAUUUCACAUUAUUGAAUUUUGUCUUGGCUUUCUCACUCCAGUUCUUGAGGUCAUCUAGUUCUUCCUGUAUGAUAGUCUGAUCUUUCUUUCUAUUGAGGGUGCCUCUACAAACUUCAGUGAGGCCUUCUGAACACUCUCUUCAUUCUGUACUGAGUCAGUUAUAAAAACUGUAUGGGAGUAGGCUCAAGACAGACUCUUUAGGGGUCAGUCUGGGAAUAUCUUUGCUUUAGCCAGUGCUUUCCCCACCUCAGGGCUGCUGUGCAAAUCCAGUUUGUAAUUUCCCAUGUGGUACCUUGGUAGUGCUUCAUAUAGCACAUGCUGGGGCUGCCCC